AUGGCGGCACCCUCGUCCUCGGUCGCCCAGCUCGCGAGCUGCGUCGGCGGCAUCUACGUCUCGUUCCUCGUGUGGGCUCUCUGUCAAGAGCGGAUCUCGACGACGCCGUACCUGUCGAACGACACGUUGCCGACCAGGGACAAGUUCCGCUCGGUGCUCUUCGUCAACACGAUCCAGUCGGCCUUCUGCGUCUUGACGGCCACGGCCUACCUCGUCCUCACCAAGCGGCGCCCGGGCGUCUCGUGGCGCGAGGUCUUUGGGCUGCCGCGGGCCGCAACGCCCGGCGCGCAGGUCGUGCCCAACGGCGCCAAGAGCGCCAACGGCCUCCUCGGCUCGAACGGCGUCGACAAGGCGCCUCGUGCGGCCCAGCCGAGCGCGUCGCGCCUGUUGCGCCUGUACGCCUUUGUCGCGUUCGUGUCGUCGGCGGCGGCGCCGUUCGGGUUCCUCGCCCUGUCGCACAUCUCGUUCCCGACCCUCCUCCUCGGCAAGUCGUGCAAGCUCGUGCCCGUCAUGCUCAUGAACAUCCUCCUGUACCGCCGCAAGUUCCCCGUCCACAAGUACCUCCUCGUCGCCCUCGUCACGGUCGGCAUCUACGUCUUCAUGGCGUUCAAGCCGGCAAAGGCGGGCAAGACCGGCAGCGGGCGCGAGUCGAGCAGCCUCCUCGGGCUCGUCCUCCUCGCCGUCAACCUCGUCCUCGACGGCGUCACCAACGCGACCCAGGACCACGUCUUUGCGUCGUACCCGGCGCUCGACGGGCCGCAGAUGAUGUUCUUCAUGAACCUGUUCGCGACCGUCUUUACCUCGGUCGCCCUCGUCACGCCGUACUCGCUCCUCCCUGCGGUCCUGCGCCCCGUCGCCGCCGCGUCCGGGACCCACUCAAACGAGCUCGGGUCGUCACUGGCCUUCAUCGCGGCGCACCCGGCGGUCAAGCUCGACAUCCUCCUGUUCGGCCUCACGGGCUCGAUCGGCCAGAUCUUCAUCUUUGUCACCCUGUCGCUGUACGGGUCCCUCACGCUCGUCACCAUUACCGUGACGCGCAAGAUGGCGACCAUGCUCCUGAGCGUGUUCGUGUUCGACCACAAGCUCUCCAAGGGCCAGUGGGCCGGCGUCGGGCUCGUCUUUGGCGCCGUGGCCAUGGAGGCCGUCAUCGCGCGCCGGGAGAAGAAGAACAAGAAGGUCAAGGCCAAGGAGACGUGA